AUUAAAAGAUAACAAGCAUUUUGCCUCAUUUAAAUCAGUCAUAGAAUAUCGUUCUAACUUAGUAAACAUGUCGAAAGUGGCUGUUGUUACCGGAUCCAAUAAGGGACUCGGUCUAGGAAUAGUAAAAGGGUUAUGUAAGAGAUUUGGCGGGGUCGUUUACUUGACUUCUAGGGAUGAAAAAAGAGGCAGAGAUGCAGUGGCUGAACUCAAUAAACAAGGAUUACAACCGAAAUACCAUCAACUGGAUGUGUCUGAUAAGAACAGUGUAUUAAGGUUCAAAAACUACAUUGAAGCUAAUUACGGAGGUAUCGACAUAUUAGUGAACAACGCAGCAGUCAGUAACAGUGAUCCAACUGGGUUUUCUUCAUACGAAGAAAACGAAAAACUUAUCCACAUCAACUUUGGAGGAAUCUUAACGAUGCGAGAGAUAAUAUACCCACUUGUAAGGAGGAAUGGCCGAAUACUUAAUAUUUCUAGCAACUGUGGCCACUUAUCUAAUUUAAGGAAUCAACAAUGGAGGGAAAAGCUGUCUAAAGAAGAUUUAAAACUAGAAGAAGUACAAGAAUUCAUUGAGUGGUACUUGGAAUCGCUCAGGAACGGUUCUUUUAACACUGAAGAUUUUGUUGACAACGGUACUGUGUCGGCAUAUAAAGUAUCAAAAAUUGCUCUAAAUGCGGUCACUAGAAUACAUCAAAAGGAAUUUGAGGCUAAAGAUAUAUCUAUAAAUUCAGUGCAUCCGGGAUAUAUCCGCACGGGCAUGACCGCUGGCUAUGGAUUUUUUAACAUUGAUGAAGCAGCUGAAACACCUUUGUAUAUUGUUCUUGACGCUCCGCAGUCCUUAAAGGGGGAAUAUAUAUGGUAUGAUAGAAGGGUUUUAGAUUGGACAAAUUACGAGGAAGAUUAUUAUUUCACAAUUAGGUCUUUACUCGAACAGCAGGUUCCUUGAUACAUUCAAUGUAAGACCAUAUUAUAAAGAAAUAUAAUUGAUUUUAAUAAAAAAUUAAAAAUAAUCCAGUCUUUUUUUUAAACAUAACUAUCGGCAUAAAUUUUUUGGAUAAUAAUACAUACUUCCGUUGGUGAUCACAUAUCUGAAUGUCUAUUUCACACCAGCUUCUGUCGGAGGAUUGAUCACGGGAAUGGUAUGUAAUUUUUUGACAGCAUGAUAUUCCCUGUACCCUGGAAGAAAAUAUAAUUAGAAUAUUCUCCAGACUCUAAUCUUUUGACUCUCGUCGUAUUGAGAUAUUAUAAAGAUGCACAUAAAAUAAAACCCUACUUUAGUACAAGCAUCUUUUAUUUUUAUUUAUUUAUGUGGUAAAAUAUGUUUGACGUUAAUAAAUACUGCAUUAUUAAAACUUACGUGGUACAAGUGGUAGUAAGGUCACGUGGUAGUGUAAGAAACUAGCUAUAUUCUAAAUAGAACAUGGUCACUUUUCUAUAAAAUAUAUUUAUUUAUGUUAUAAGUUAGAAUAAUAUGAUUUUGUUCUUGAUUUGUUAAUAAAUAAAUAAAAUAUUCA